AAUGACAACGUAGUUGGCUUUACAGUACUGACAAAACAUUCUACUGUUUAACAGAGACUUGUCAAACGCAUUUGUGAAUUUUGUACCAUGAUGAUGUUUAUGGAGAACGGCAUUGCGACUCGCUCUCAGCAGCUCAAGGCUGUUUCCUCACCCAAGAACCAAACCAACAUGGAGGACCUGGCUGUAGAAGUUGUCGGCGAAAAUGGGGCUCUUUAUAAGGGCUCCAUUCUGGAUGUACACGACGAUGGGGUACUCGUUCACUUUGAAGACGAGUGGCAACCGGACUCGAAAUUUCCCUUCGAACAGGUUAGGCUACCCCCCAAUCCGGAUCAGAAAGUGGAGUUCACGGAGAAUAUGGAAGUGGAAGUGUUCUCCAGAUCGAAUAAUCAAGAAGGCUAUGGUUGGUGGAAGGCUAGGAUUAAGAUGAUGAAGGGAGAGUUCUACGUCCUGGAGUACUUGGGCUGGGACAGUACCUACACGGAAAUCGUCAGCAACGACCGCCUCAGGAUGAAGAACAACAAUCCCCCGAUCGAGAGUAGCAUGUUCCACAAGUUUGAAAUCGAAGUUCCUGAAGACGUUAGAGACUACUGCAAGAAAGACACCCACAAGGAGUUCCAGAAGGCGAUAGGGGCGGGGCGCAUCUUCUACAACCCCGACAAGGGCGUGUUGGUUGCGAUAUCGAGGUGCGAGACGAGCAGGAAGCGGGCGUCGCUGCUUCAGGACAUGCACUUUCGCAGCUUGCAACAGAAGGUGCUGCUGAUGAAGAGGACGGAGGAGGCGGCGCGUCAAUUGGAGAGCACCAAAUUGGCGACGAUCGGCGGCUACUCGGACGAGUUCCACGUCAAGGAGGACCUGAUGGGGCUCGCGAUCGGCGCACACGGCGUCAACAUCCAGCAGGCUCGCAAAGUGGAGGGCAUCACCAAUAUCGAGCUCGAGGAGAACUCGUGCACGUUCAAAAUUUACGGCGAGACGGACGAGGCGGUGAAGAAGGCGCGCUCGCUGCUGGAAUACAGCGAGGAGUCGCUUCAAGUGCCGCGAGCGCUCGUCGGCAAGGUUAUCGGUAAGAACGGGCGCAUCAUCCAGGAGAUCGUCGACAAGAGUGGAGUGGUGAGGGUGAAAAUUGAGGGGGACAACGAGCCGCAACCGACGUUCCCAAGGGAGGAGGGCCAGGUGCCGUUCGUGUUUGUCGGCACCGUCGAGAGUAUAUCCAACGCCAAAGUCCUCCUGCAGUAUCACCUGGCGCACCUCAAGGAAGUGGAGCAGCUCAGGCAGGAAAAGCUCGAGAUUGACCAGCAGCUGCGCAGCAUCCAUCACGGUUCAAACCUCGGCUCGAUGCAGAGCCUGUCGAUGAGCGGACGACGGAACGACCGCGGCUACAGUUCGGACAUGGACGGCCGCAGUUCGGGCAGGGGCGGCUCGAUGAGGGGCCGCGGCGGCGGGCGCGGACGGGGCGGCGGCCCCCGACAGAACGACCGCUACAAUUCGGGAUCCCGCCAUCAGACGCCCGACACCGUCGACGAACGCAUCCAAGAUGGUGGCCCGCGAAGGUACGGUGGCUACAGGGGCGGGCGAGGCGGCGGCAGGGGCAGGGGCGACAUGCGCAGAGGCGGCGGCGAGGACCGGCGCAGAACCAACGACGACGAGGAAACCGUAUUGGACAGUCACGACGUCUCCAGCGCGGACCGAGAGUCCGUGUCGAGUCAGGAGUGGGGCGACGGUGGUAGUGGUGGCGGCGGUAGGCCUCAGGCCGGCAGGCGUAGGCGUCGGGGGAGGGGGGGUCGCAGCAACGGUCAGUUGCAGCAUUCGGAGCAGCCCAGUGGCGUCGAACAGCAGCCUGUGGCGCAAGACGAGGGUAACGGCACAGUGAACAACCACUCAGACCAACAGCCGUUGACCGACAACGGUAUCGAUAACCAGCCGCGGGGCGGCGGAGGCGGGCCGAAGAACCGGUACAACAGACCGCCGCCCCCGCGACGCGGUGGCGGAAGCGGCAGCGGUGGCAUGCCUGUCGACAAACAGCAGCAGCAGCAGCAACAGCAACAGAAAGAGGCUUUGGUCAACGGUACGUCGGCUUAGAGACGAAAACACCACCCGUGCCGCCGCCGCCGCCGAAGUAUUACGCAAGCCGAUGAUGAUGAUGAUGAUUAUGUUUACUACAUGUGCGCAGGACAAGCGGACGCGCGGGACACUUUGGGUUUAUUUUUUUCCAUUAAUUGUCACGUUCAUUGGUUUUUUGGUUACUUCGCUCGUUUCUGUUCACCUGGCCGGAUUCGAUUCGAGGGAGGAGCAGCCGGGAGGGGCGGGGGAAACGUGGAUCCGGUCCGGCAAAUCGCGACACUCUCACCACCACCACUUCCACAUCCUCGUCCUUCCCCCACCACCUUACCCCGGAGUUAGCUAAACUAAAACUAAAAAACAAGAGAAAAAAAAUGUCGGGUGGUCAUCUGCCCAAUCACGGACGAUACAAUCGGACUGCAUUGGUUCCGUGAACCAAUUAAUAAUUUGAUACCUACGCCAAGACUGUUCAGUGUUAGUGUGGUUGUAAUAGCGGCAUACGACAAACCAAGGAGUGUUUUCCUGACUGUUUUUAGGUACUGUUUUUUAGCUGUCGCGCACAUUCGAAUCCGAGUUUGAGUUUUUUCGUCUCCUCCCUUUAACCGACGUAGCGGGGUUGCGCGUACACGCGCCAUCUAUCGAUUAGUCGGUUAAUUAUAAACCCCCUGAUCCUGUGCGUUUUUUAAUUUAUAUUAUUUUUUAAGGUUUGUUCUACACGUAUAGUUUAGAUUAGAGAGGUAACCUAACCUAACCUAACUUAACCCUUCCUCCGGCCUCCCCCAAUAUAGAACAUCUUAUUAUACCGCAAAUUGAUUUUAAUAAGAUAGGAAUCAUUCUCUGUGUAAAUAUUAUAAGUGAAAUAUUGAAUUGAGAGUCUCGGUUUUUUUGGUCAGGUGCUCCGUUUUGUUACGACGUUUUAUUUUUAUUUUUUUUUGUUUUCGCCGUGUUAGAGGAGUAACACAAUUUUGCAUUGAAUAAAAACGAGUUUCUAAAGUGA